AAAAAAUCUAGCAGAUGAGUAUCUGGAAGAUGAGGAAGUGCUGCUGGAAAAACAGAAAAAGGCGCACAAUGCAACCCAAAAAAGGGAUAAGAGAGAUGUUACAGAUGAGGAGAAGAAGUCUGAAAUAAUCCAGAACCGUGAUGACACCGAGAACACACUUGAUGAUCCGAGAGAAGAUGACGAUGAAGAAAAGAGCAAUGCGUAUAACAAAAAACCAGAGGACCAUCCGCAUCAGAGGCCCAGUAUUAUAAAGAUGAAGCAUGUGAGCCAUUUGCAAGUAGAAGAGGAAAUUCUAGAUCUAGACUCAUACGGACCUAAUAUGUUUCCAAGCAGAUCUCUUCAGGACUCCAGCCUGCACAAGGGAAACCAUGCUCUACAUCCAAAAACCCUUGUAGAACCUCGUGAUGCAGAGUUCGAUGAAGCUGCUGUGAGAGAUCGGUCACUAAAGAGAGGAGUAGACGCCAAUUACCUUAUUGGUGUGGUGGUGGAGCGUGGGGAGGUGAAUUGGAAAGGCCGUUGGGUGAAGAUGCUGGAGGUUGGCUUCUCUCGUUUGGACAUCAGCCUGUGCGUGGUUCUCUAUUUCCUUUCCAGCAUGUGUCUCCUUGCCAUGUACCUUUACAUGAGUCUCAGGACACGCUGCCUCUGACAACGGUGCUCAUAUCUGCAAGUGUGAAGUGGACUUUCUCCAACCAGAACAAUACAAUCUGUUCUGUAUUUUGCAGAGAGAACUGUUACAUGUUUUUAAAGUGCCUUUAAACCCAUUGAAUUUCUAUGCUAACAUGGGUUGUCCAUCCUAGGCCCAAAGAGAUGUUUUACUAGUUGUGUCAGGUCAACUGAUACCUUAAAGUUUAAUAAAUAAUUGUUAAGUU